CCAUCCUCCCCCAUCGCACCCCUCCUCCCGAUCUCCUCGCGGCCGCCGCCACCUCCCGAUCCAAUCUCUCCCCGCCGCCUCCCGAUCCUUCCGCCGCCGCCCCGUCCUUCCCAGCAGCGGAGCGAGACGGACGAGCGCCACCGCCUCCCCCCACCAAAAAGCGGCACGACAAGGCAAAAGGGCAGCAAACCCUAAUCCCCGCGCGCCACCGCCUCUCUCUCUCGGCGCCCAGAUCCGGCCCUCGCCCGCGAUGGCUGAGGCUCUGGCGGCGAGCCGCAGGGCGGAGGAGGCGGGGAGCCGGCGCCGCGUGGAGGAGGAAGCGGAGGCGGCGGCCGCCACCGACGGAGACGGGGACAGUAGCGUCUACACCUCCGAGGACGAGGGCACGGAGGACUACUGCCGCGGCGACUACCACGCCGUCCGCCCCGGUGACACCUUCAAGCAGGGCGCCUACGUCGUGCAGUCCAAGCUCGGCUGGGGCCACUUCUCCACCGUCUGGCUCGCCAGGGACACCGCCCACUCCAGGUAUGUGGCCCUCAAGGUGCAGAAGAGCGCACAGCACUACACGAAGCCUGCCAUGGAUGAGAUCAAGAUCUUGAGGCAGAUUGCCGAUGGUGACCCUGAAGACUCCCGUUGUGUUGUCAAGCUUCUUGACCACUUCAAGCACUCAGGCCCCAACGGGAGCCAUGUCUGCAUGGUGUUUGAGUUUCUUGGUGACAACUUGCUCACCCUGAUCAAGUACACUGACAUGUCUAUAUCGACAAGUGCUACAUUACCUACAGCUACUACCCCCACUAUUUCAUGAAUGGUUGAUUACAGUAGUUCUUUCUGCAGUAAUUUUAGUGUUUCAUAGAUUAUGAUUACAGAUGUAUGUUCAUGAAAGAUGAGUAGUUUCAGUUAUUUCCCAACUUGAAAGAAACCGGAAUAGGCAGUAGUAGGACAAUGAGUCAUCCUGCACUAGUACAAGUAGUAUUAUACGAGUCCGUGUAAUACAUAUGGUGUUGAUUUUGAAAUUUGAUGCUCUCUAAUGUCAUUUCUGGUACCAAAUUGCAAUCAUACGACAUGUCUCAUUUUGAAAAUGAAUAUGGUACCUGAUGUCAUUUUUUAAUUUACAAUUGAUCUAGUGUUUUUUCUACUUGGUAGAUUAAUUAUCCUCCUUCCUUUUCUAAUAUGCGAACUUCUAAU